AGGCUAAUUUUAUUCUAUCGCAAACAUAGUAUCCACCACCUCCCCACCCAGUCCAGCCUGUGUAUAUGAUUAGCAUCUCCCAACACCCGUAUCAUAGCUGCUCGAUGGAGAGGGCAGCCAGUAUCUUAUCGCGUACACAGCCGCACGAUCACUUGUCCGAUCACUUGUUUGUUCGCUUGAGUGGCUGACUGACUGACUGGCUGGGCGAGCUUUUCUUGGGGUGGAAAGAGUGUGCGUGUGUGUGUGUUUGCACCCGGAUUCCCGGAGAAGAAGAUGACACGGGAAGAGUUCAACUUUGCGACGAGUGACACUGCGGCCGGGUCGUCGUACAGUGGCCCCGAAUGGAGACGCCAGCUCGAUGGCGAACGGGAAACGGUGAACAAUAGUCGCCGCCCUCCCAGCCAAAAGCCGCCGGGGGUGGGCUGCAGUGCGCUGUGCGUGGGAGUAUUGGUCGCUGUGGUGGUGAUCAUCGUGCUGCUGUGCAUCAGCCUGAUCGUGGUGUACGAGAACGAAGGUCAAGUGGUCGCGAAAGUCGACCUGUACGAUGUCGAGCUGCCGGCAGAGCAAACCGUUUGGUUCGAGGCGAAUCUGGCCGAACUGCGCAAUGCCUUCCGCGUGGUGGACGAGAACAAGAAGCGUGCCAAAAACGUCGUCCUGUUCAUUGCGCUGGACAGUGCGGCCGCUUCCCCGGGCAAUCCGCGACCCGUCUGGGAAUCGUUUCCCCAUCUGGCCUUGCUGCGCCCCACGACCUCGGACGGUGCCGGCUCCUCCGUCUCAUUCAAUCCGACCGCCAUGUUUUGUGGCAUUGAGCCACGCCACCAGCACACGGUUGGGUUUGAUUCGGCCGUUUCACCUUCGGACGAUUGCAACGAGCCGCCGAACAGCACGCACCGCGCGGCCUCGAUCUUGCAGUGGGCCCAAGCCGUCGGCCGUCUGACCGGGGUGGUAACGAACGGGGAGCUUGUGCAACCAACGCCCGCGGCCCUGUACGCGCACACACCCAACUCGAGCUGGCUGUACGCGGGUCCGGAUGGGCAGCAGUGCCCCGACGUACGCACGCAGCUACUGUACGGCGAGACGGGUCGCGCGUUGAACGUGAUUGCCGGCACGCUGCCCUGUCCGGAAGAGUUUUGCCGCGAAGCGUUCGAGUCGGCGUGGGAAGGGGAGCGGCUAGAUGCGGACACAAGCUACAAGCUGGCCACCGAGCUGAAGGAGCUGCUCGAUCCGGCGCUGGACGAGCGCGAGUAUGCGCUGGGCCUGUUCGAACGGCAAACGCUGGCCCAACCGAACGCUUUCCACGAUCUGACCGUCGGUGCGCUGCACGUGCUGGACCGGCCGGAAGGCUUCGUGCUGGUGGCGAUUGCCGAUCCCAGCGUGCCCAUCGGGGCGGCCGAAGUGGAUGCUGCUGUAAAGGCGACCUUACGGAAGCUUAGCACCGUGCUCGAUGAUAGUUUGAUCGUCGUGGUACGCUCCGAUGCACGGGAGGGCGAUGCGGCGUUCGCAACCGUGCAUGCCACCGGCCCAAUGUCGCACCUGUUGCAUCGCGUGCACGAUCAGACGUUUCUGGCGCACUUUAUCUCGUACGCGGCACGCAUCGGCCGGUUCCGGGAUGCGGAUUUGACGAACUUUAUCCUCCAAAUGGUGUAAAAUGGGGUUGGGAAGUGAAUACUAGCAAGGGAAUUACUGUCUUUUUUUAAACGAAAAUGCAAACAAGUUGCAUGGGCUAUCGUUAAAAGGUCAACGUUAGUGGAGAAAACGUAAGAAAUAAUUAAUAAACGUCAUUUUCUGUAUCAUUUUAUCGGAUAUUGAUGAAAGUUGUUAACAGUUUAA